AUGGAUGCUGAAUCAGGCUCCACGCCAUGGGCUCAACCGGCCUCUUCCAAUCAUCAAGAUACAUCUAAGAAUUUAUCAUUUACAUUAUCGACACAUCAAUCAAUAAGACCCUUAAAUCGACCUUAUACAAUCGGAAGAACAACAGCAGCGAUUAUUCCAUCCUUAGCAAUAUCAGAUGUGGAUAUGGAUUUACCAUAUGAACAUUUGAUGUUUCUUUUGAACCAUCGAAAUACAAUCGAAACAAAAUUUAUUGAACUUUUAAAUCAACGUAUUGAACAAUUAAACAUCGAUCAUAAUAUUCGGAAUCGUUUAAUAACAAAUAUAGAUAAAUUGAGUUCGUAUUUGUUAGAUAUUAAUGCUGAUACGAAUAUAAAUCAAAUUUUUCAUUUUAACUAUGAUUCUGAUGAAGAAUCCUAUGUGGACUAUCCAUCUGACGAUAUGAAUUCCGAAGAAUAUGACAGCUAUGACGAUAUAGAAAAUCAAAUAAUUGAUCAAAUUGAACUUGAAAGUGGUGUUACUGUUUGGUUUUUUAAUGCUCGACGAAAUCAACAUGAGCAUACAUCUGAUGAUGAUAGUAAUUAA